AUGGAGGAUCAUCGCCUGCCCAAGAUCUUCCUCUACGGCGAACUCUCCACCGGGCGCCGUGGCAGAGGAGCACCAAAGAAGAGAUUCAGAGACUCCUUAAAGGAAUCCCUGUCAUGUUGCGACAUCGACCAUCGUCAGUGUUCAGCUCUUGCUGCUGACCGAGAGCCUAGCGACACGCCUUUCACCAGUCAGUCUCCUCCUUUGAGAACAACCGUAGCGCUGCCCUCGAAGGGAAGCAGCAGAGGAAAAGCCGCGUCGUCACGGCACCAAUUCCAGAUCCGUCAUUCCCUGCGCCCGCUGUGGCCGAGUGCGGUUGUCACGUAUCGGUCUCGUCAGCCACCAGCGAGCCUGCAUCAGACGGGGACGGAGCCCGGCGAGUUGGUCGGGGGCGAAGAGCCGUACAAAAUCAGGGCUCAAGAUGGCGACCAGCCCGGGACUGUGAACACCAUGAUCACUUACUAUAUUGAGUGGGUUCAUAAGGUCGGAUUUCAAGAGGACCUCGGUUUCUUCAGAGCUGUCAACGUGAAUGACACUUGGUCAAAUACUUCGUACUGUCAACUGAUGGCUACACAGAACUUAACCUGGCAAAGGGGAACGUAUGAAAUACUUUUGGUGGCCGAAGACAGCGGAGAGCCCAAAAUGAAUGGCAGCACAAUACUCAAUAUUGAGAUCCAGGAUUCGAACGACCACACUCCAGAGUUCUGGUUCGAAGGAUGCCUCAAAGAUAAAUUGCAAAUCAAAAUGGAAGAGAAUUAUUACCAACCUGGAGACAGAGUUCUCUGCGCAACAGACCAAAACGCGCUGGAACUGGAGAUCCUCGUGAGAGACGAAGACAUAGGCGAGAACAGGGACUUUACCUGCGACAUUGACUACGAAAAGUCAACUGCCGUGCCUGUAAACGGUGUUGAUCAGCUUCAAGACUUUGAGCUCAAACGGGAAUCCGACGGGUGCGUCUUGUAUGUGAAUUCGAUCAUUGACAGAGAAUCAGGUCGACGAUACAAUCUUUCUCUGCACGUGAAGGACAAGGGGACGCCGCCUCGCGAAUCCUGGGAGUAUUUGGAGGUCAUUGUCACCAACGCCUUCGAAGCCCCGCCUUAUUUCUGCCUCGAAGGGAUGUGCAAGGAGACCGUCUACAUGAAAGAAAAUGAUCCCGACGUGACAUCCAUGUUUUUGGAGGCAAUAGACCCAGACAAUAUUGAUUCCGACCCGGAUGAUGAUGGAACCUAUGAAGAUGUUUUUUACAACAUUGUAGGAGGGACUACCAGUUUCUUCGAGCUGGGAGGCACCAAUAGGAUGAACAACAGCAUCAGGCUCAGGAACCUUCCCCAGGGGCUCGACCGUGAGGACGUCCCCGAGUAUCAACUCUACAUCGACGUCACAAACGACCCAUCCGUGCAGCCGCCCAUCUCCGAGCAAAUCCCCAGAAACUAUACCCUUUAUCUGACAAUCAUAGUUCAGGAUGAGAACGACAACCCGCCAGAAUUCAAGAAAGCAAUCACCAUUGCGAGCUUUACGCAGAAUGACGAAAAGGGCAAAAAAAUUGCUGUAAUUGAGGCCAACGACGUCGACCUGAACGAGACCAUUACCUACAGCCUCGGGAAAUUCGCCUGGAACGACACGGAUGGAACGGUGUCGACUGAUGAGCCAUUCAAAAUAGAGAACGGCGCGGACUUGAUUCUUAAUUUUAAACCAACAGGAUUGAACAGUGGAUACUGCACUUUCCGAAUAUAUGCGCAUGACAAAGAUAACAACACAAACUUCACAACAGCAAAGGUGUAUGUCAUCACAAAUGCCUUCCAGCUUCCAGUCUCUUUCAAUAACGGUAUUCGUGAGGUGUCAAAUAAAACAGAGGAUAUCGAAGAUAUAUUCACGUCGGUGUACCAAUACUCGUGUGUCGUGGACAGCACGACAGCCGAGACCUCCGAUUCGGGGGAGGCGGUGGAAGGGCAGACCAUUGUGUAUAUGCACUUCAUCGACGAAACGCAAAACGAACCCGUCCCCAAGAAUGUCAUUAUUCA